AUGCCUACUGCAACAACUUUUGGUGGUUGGGCGGUGGUUUUUGCCGUCGCUGGUGGCUAUUACUGGGUAACCAAACAACGCAAGCAGAAGACUCUCCGCAAACAAACCACCAAGGCCGAGCCACGAAAGGAUACCAAGUCGAAGAAGAACAAGAAAGAUGGUACUCUGAGUGGCGGAGACGAUGGGAAACCAACUCAGAAGAGAAAGGCCCAACCAAUCAAGCCGGCUCAGGAGGAGCCACUGGUCAGUGCCCCUGCUUCCGCAAAGAAGGAACGCAGUGAGAAGGAUGAGGAUAGAAAGUUUGCUCAGCAAAUGGCAAACGCAAAGCGUGGUGUUGUUGAUGCUCCCAAGUCUCAAAAUUCGGCUCGCACCAAGUCCGUCAAGCAGACCAAGGCCCAAGAAAAGGGAGCCAUGGAGCUUCCUUCCGACAACGGCACUUCGACCGCCGGAGGUGAUGCUGACGACGACGAGUCUCCGAUCGAUUCUCCAGAAAUGGCUGCCGCUAAUGCACCUGCUGUCAAUGGCGAUGUCUCUGAUAUGCUCGAGAAGUCUGCCGCCGGCCCGUCAGUCUUGAAGAUCACAGCCCCGACCAAGCCCGCUCCACUAAAGAAGGCGAAGGCACCAUCUGCUGAAGUCAAGGAAACCAAGAAGCAGCGACAAAAUAGACAGAAGGCCGAAGAGAAGAAGCUCGCCCUGGCAGAGGAGGAGAAGAUCCGGAAGAUCCAACUUGAAAAUCACCGUCGUGUUGUCCGAGAGGCCGAGGGUCGUGCUGCAAAGGACGGAUCUGCUUUCAUGGCUUCCCAGGCACCUCCCUCGUCGGCAUGGACUGCUGCCCCUGCUGUUCAGGCCACCAAUGGAACGCCCAGUAAGGUCGAGAACCUUGACACCUACGAUGCACCUAGCGGCCACGUUACUGCAAAGCCGGUUGAGGAGAUCUACUCAGAGAGUGAGAUCGCUGGUAGUAAAUUGGCAGAUGAGCUGUCCAAGAUUCCGGAGGAGGAGCAGAUUCGGGUUGCGACCGAGGAUUCGGGCUUGUGGGAGCAGGUCAAGACCUCAAAGAAGAAGAAGUCCAAGGCGGCCUUUAAUGGCGAGCAAAACGAGACCAAGGCCGUCAAGCAGGAUACCGCCUCCAGCUCCAACGACGACUCUGGGGACUAUGGCGUCCCCGCCGUCAUCCAGCCCACCGGCCCAGGCCAGAAGUGGUCUCAGAAUGUCACUUACGUUGAGAAGGGCAAGGUGCAUGAGCACGAGGAGGAGAUCCAAGAUUCAGAAUGGGAGGUCGCGUAG